GGCUCCAGUCUCCUUUGCUCGCUGUGACAGCAAAGUAUCUCAUUGGAAACCACAAGCUGGAACUUACCAAGUGGCCUCUGACCUUUCUCUCUCUUUUUUACCACAAUUCCUCAUUUUUUGUGUUCACAUUUUCCAAGGAAGACAUUUUCACUGACAGCUUCUUGGACAGCUCUGGAACAACAUUUUUCUGAGGAGGCAAGCUCUUGGCUGUGAUAUUUCAUUGCAGUCAUGGCUCCUAAGAAGAAGAAUGUGAAAAAGAACAAAGCAGAUAUCAAUGAAACUACUAUCAUUGUGGAAGAUGGCCCCCUCAGUAAACUAAAUGGCUUGAAUGGACUCUUGGAAGGAGGAAAUGGUUUCAGCUGCAUCUCAUCUGAAGUUUCAGACCCAUCAUAUUGCCCAAAUCUCUUGGAAGGUCUAAGUAAAAUGAGACAAGAAAAUUUUCUGUGUGACUUGACUAUCAGUACCAAAACCAAAUCCUUCAGUGUUCAUAAGGUGGUGAUGGCUUCAAGCAGUGAAUACUUCCACAACAUCUUAAAGAAAGAUCCAUCCACUCAAAGAGUGGACCUCAAUGAUGUGUCCCCAUUGGGUCUAGCUACUGUUAUCACCUAUGCUUACUCUGGAAAACUUACUCUCUCACUUUAUACAAUAGGUAGUAUUAUUUCCACAGCAAUUUAUCUACAGAUUCACACCCUUGUAAAGAUGUGCUGUGAUUUUCUAGUCCAAGAAAUCAGUGUUGAGAACUGUAUGUACAUUGCUAAUAUUGCAGAAACGUAUGGACUAAAAACAACCAAGGAAGCAGCGCACAAAUUUAUUAGAGACAACUUCAUUGAAUUUUCAGAAACUGAUCAGUUCCUAAAACUUACUUUUGAUCAGAUUAAUGAACUUCUUGCAGAUGAUGACUUGCAGUUGCCUUCUGAAAUUGUUGCAUUCCAGAUUGCAAUAAAAUGGCUGGAAUUUGACCAAAAAAGAGUAAAGUUUGCUGCCAAUCUCUUAAGUAACGUCCGUUUUGGUACCAUCUCAGCCCAAGACCUUGUCAAUUAUGUACAGACUGUGCCAAGAAUGAUGCAAGAUGCAGACUGCCAUAAGCUCCUAGUGGAUGCCAUGAACUAUCACUUGCUUCCCUAUCACCAGAAUACACUUCAGUCCAGAAGAACAAGGAUCCGUGGAGGUUUCAGAGUCUUAGUUACUGUUGGGGGACGCCCUGCUCUAACAGAGAAGUCUCUCAGCAGAGACAUCUUAUACAGAGAUCCUGAAAAAGGGUGGAAGAAGCUAAGUGAAAUGCCUGCUAAAAGUUUUAAUCAGUGUGUCACAGUGAUGGAUGGAUUUCUUUAUGUGGCUGGUGGGGAAGACCAGAAUGAUGCCAGGAACCAAGCCAAGCAUGCAGUCAGCAAUUUCUGCAGAUAUGAUCCUCGUUUCAACAGCUGGAUUCACUUGGCAAACAUGAAUCAGCGGCGCACCCAUUUUAGCCUGAAUGUGUUCAAUGGUCUCCUUUUUGCCGUGGGCGGUCGCAACUCUGAGGGAUGCCUCUCCUCUGUCGAAUGCUACGUGCCCGCAACUAACCAGUGGCAGAUGAAGGCACCGCUGGAGGUGCCCAGGUGCUGCCAUGCCAGCGCCGUGGUGGAUGGUCAGAUCCUGGUCACAGGAGGCUACAUCAAUAACGCUUACUCUCGCUCAGUGUGCAUGUACGACCCCAGCAAAGACAGCUGGCAGGACAAGGCCAGCCUCAGCACCCCAAGAGGCUGGCACUGUGCAGUGUCCCUUCUGGAGAGGGUCUAUGUCAUGGGUGGGUCUCAGCUGGGGGGGCGAGCCGAGAGGGUCGAUGUUCUCCCUGUGGAGUGUUACAGUCCUUACACAGGGCAGUGGAAUUACGUGGCACCACUUCAAACCGGAGUUAGUACGGCUGGCGCCUCCACCCUUAAUGGGAAAAUUUACUUAGUGGGUGGCUGGAAUGAAAUAGAGAAAAAGUACAAGAAAUGCAUUCAGUGCUAUAACCCAGAUCUCAAUGAAUGGACAGAGGAAGAUGAGCUGCCUGAGGCCACUGUGGGUGUAUCCUGUUGUACAAUAUCCAUGCCCAACACGAAGACAAGGGAGUCCAGGGCCAGCUCAGUCUCUUCUGUCCCAGUUAGUAUUUAAAGACAGGUCUAACCAGCAAUAAGUUAAAAAUGUUUACCAGCACAGCAGUAUAAUUAACCCUUUAAGUAGAAUUUUUGUGCUUAUAUGGAAAAAAAAAAUUGGCUUUGCAAACAUUUUAACAGUGCAAACUGGCUGGUUUUCAUGAACUUUAGUACAGGUGGUGUGAAACCGCACAUUAAGGAUAAGAUCAAUUUUCUUAGCCUGAAGAGAGAGUUAACCCAUAGCUGCAGGAUUUCAUUCUCUUCUUGACUUUGACAUUGACUUACUAUGCUAUCUGUGGCAUAUCAUUUCAUUUUUUUUAUGCCUUGGUUUGCUUACCUGUAAAAUUGAGAUACACUUGCUGUAGAAGAUUGUUAUGAGGCUUUUUAAUACUAAGCUUUAAAUGCUUUCAGAACCCAAAAUGAAAGUCAAAUAUGGCUAGUAAUAAAUCUCAACAUAGAUCAGAAAUGGACAAUUCGUCAUAAAAUUGCCAUAAAAUUCAUCAGUUUUGUUAUUUUCUAAGCUUUUUUUUUUUUUGACAAACAGAAGGGAAAAAAGGCAAACCAAAAAUAUAGCAUAUAGCAUGUGCAUACUUUCCUUUUGGAGCAGCGGUAUUCACAAAAAAAUUCUCAAAGCAUUUUCUCCUUCAGAAUUUAGGAAGAGAACUUCAUCUUCUGCCAUGAAACCCUGUAAUUCUUAUAUCAAAUGCUGUGACAUGGCUUUCAAGACCUGAAUCCACAAAAUACCUUAACUCCUGUAAGCGCUUUGGGCCAGCCCCAAAAGCUACCUUGGGUGCCAGAUGGUUCUCCCAACCUCUGUUUAUACCAAGGAGCAGACCACCACCUCAUCUUCCUCCUCAUGCCAGGGAGACACCCCUGUCAUUGCAGGUGGGAGGCACAAAGGCCAGUCCAUAUGACUCUUCCUGUUCCUGCUCUUCCCAUCUGUGUAGAAAUGUAUGUCUGGGUUAUCUUCUCAUCUGAGAAGGUCCUCACCAAUGCAAGGAGCUGGGAGCUGCUGCAAGGGCAAAACAUGGAAGUUGAGUUCAUACCAGGAGACACCAGGGGCUCAUGGCAUCUGAAUAUGAAGAAGAUGCACAGAGCAAACUCUCUUAAGUAUUAUUCUGGCAAAUAACCAGUGGAGUGAGGAAUGAGGAUAUAAUAAAUACUUCAGGAUCUGCCUUAAAGAAUAGGACGUGUGGAAAACUGAAUCAUGGGAAAACUUUCCUUAAUAGGAACAAAGAGAUACCUUAACACCUUUCUUACCAGGUGUGGGCACAACACCCAAAGUAACCUUCUCCUGGACAUACCAUUAUGUAUGUCCUUCUGAAGCCUUCAUUGCAGCCCUUUUUAUGGAUAUUUUAUUCACGUUAUUCCAAAGGCUAGACUAAUGCUCUGUGUGUUGAAGUCCGUGAAUUUUUCUCAGUGAGUGGAGUCUUUACUCAACUUGGAUUACCUUCCAAGAACUUUUCUUCCUGACUUCAGCAUGAACUGGGAGAGUUAAGCAGGAAAUCUAAUCCUAUUCCCAUAGCCAAAAGCCCAUCAUGUCCCCUGAGGAUGUGAUACCAAAAGACUGCUGGCAGCACAAAAUCUCUACAUUCUUUUGUCUGGAGAGGAAAUAGGGAAUACAAGGAAUUAAAAUGAUUUAAUAUAACCAAAAGGGUAGCAAGUCACUCACCUUUUUCUAAGGUAUCCAGAGAUAGUAUCUAGAAAUUUAAAAAACAACUAUUCUGGCCUCAGACACAUGUUGGAUGAAAUUGUCAUAUGCAAGUGGCUCUUUUUUUUUUAGGAAUUCAGUCUCAAAGUGCUAUGAAUAGUCAGAUGUUGCUCCAUGCUUUCCUAUUUGUGAGCAAACACUUCCUGUACAUUGACAACCAUUUUGGUUUUGAAUAGAAAGUUAUUUGUGAAUGAUGGGCUAAGUGCAAUGAAACUAAUUUCUACUACUUAAAGGGUUAAAAACUUUGGGGGCCAAAUCCUUUUCAUCUUACUCACAAAAACGGUUCCAUUGAUUUCAGUGGACUACUGAAUAAGAUGUACAGGAUUUUGAACUCUUGGCCAAAUUCUGGCAGAACAGUAGAUAAAGAUGCUUGCUAAAACUGUCAUCCCCAGAAGGAAGACUGUCCUCUGCCUCCACUGCCCUUCACCACAACAAAUCCAUGAAGGCGUGUCCUAGGAGCCAAAUACCAAUGGCCACAUGUUCCUUCUGUAGCAUAAGUUAGGUAUGUACUUUAGGACAAAAAUCUUACACAGAUUAAGAAAUGUUAUUGUUAUCAGUAUAACAAUAACAUUUGUGGCUUUAUAUUAUUUUCUCUAAACAUCUAUUUAGGCUUCAACUGCACAUUGAGCCAGAAUUUGGCCCUUAAUAUGUGACACUAUUUGCUGGACUUAAUAUUAUGUUGAUGAUAACAUGUACUGAGCUAUUUGUGAUAUUUUUAUGUAUGAUC